AUCUAUCACUCAUAUACGGGAGAUUUUAGAGCAUCAAAAUUCUUUAAAGAAGUGCUUAGUAAAAAUUUUGUAAAAAAGAAAGGAAAUUAGAAUAUGGCUUCUUAUCAAGCGGUUUGUACUGCUGGAUUUAUACACUUCGUUUUCGGGAUUUCGGUAUACCUUUCGCAACCUACGGAAAGCUGUUCACCUGCUCCGAAGUUGGGAGGCUGGAUUUUCUUAGGAGCUCUCGGGCUCUUGGCCACCGACAUUAAAAUGUAUCCGGAUCGUUAUCUGCACCUGCCGUAUGCCAUACAGUUUCUGGUGGAGACGACCGGCUCCCUGGCCAUCCUGGAGUUCUUCUCGAACGUGGUUUGGUGCACGCUGGAACAACUGAUCCAUCACCUGGUGAGGCUGCUAGUUCUUUCCCUGGGAAUGAACGACGAGCUUUACCUGGCCCUGGAGUAUUGGCUCCUAUUGAUUCCCACCACAGCUCUGGCCGGCUCUUUGUUUGCGAUCAUGAAAAUGGCCAUUUUACCCCUCUUCGAUAUCAAGUCGAUCUAUAGAAAGCAGGAAACAAAGGUGCAUCUCGACAAGGACGUUUACAUUGAUCUGGUUAGUCAAAACAUGCGAAAGCUGGAAAAGUACAAUCGUCGAUAUAAAAAGGAAUUAAAUAUGUAAAAAGGAACAUAAAUUUAAUGUGGAGUCGAAAUCUUGAAUCAUUUGUAUAUAACCUCAGCUUACAAAUAAUAGUACUUAUAAUUUAAUUAUAUAUUUGUAUUUGAA